AAAAAAACCACAUUAAUUCCCUAUAAAUCCGCCAUUGCAGAUGUAACUUUGAUCAAUCAAAGUAGAGCUACAACGAUGGAGUAUUUCGAUUUAGUCGCAGCAACAUCAACUGUUGCACUAAUUGCUUUUCCAUUGCUGCUCUCUCUUCUCUCUUUUCUAUGGAUACCAAAAACUGUCUCAAGAAACACAAGCCAGAAGAAAACAGCACCGGAAUCCGGUGGAGCAUGGCCUAUUAUCGGCCAUGUCCGCCUCUUAGGCGGGCAGCAACCACCCCACGUAACCUUGGCUAACAUGUCGGACAAAUACGGAACGAUCUUCACUAUCAAAUUGGGUGUGCGUAGAGCUUUGGUCGUGAGCAGCUGGGAGAUUGCUAAAGAAUGUCUCACCAUAAAUGAUAAAGCAUUCGCCACUCGUCCAAAGCUAUUAAGCAUGGAACUCUUGGGAUACAACCGUGCCAUGAUCAGCACCGCGCCGUAUGGGCCUUAUUGGCGUCAAGUGCGCAAGUUCGCCACUAUCGAGCUCCUCUCGAAUCACCGACUCGACUCGCUUAAACAUGUCCGGGAAUCCGAGAUAAAGACGUCUCUGCAGCAAUUAUACGAGUUAUGGAACAGGAAGAGAAGUAGUAACUCUGAUAAAGUAUUGGUGGAGAUGAAGAGAUGGUUUAAAAAUGUUACUCUAAACGUAAUUCUGAGAGUGAUAGUAGGGAAGCGAAUACCUGAAUCCAGUGAAGGAGAUGAUGAAACCGAGAAAUGGAAGAAGUCGUUAGACGACUUCGUGGAAAUGAGUGGGAAGUUCUCGGUAUCUGAUGCGCUGCCGUUUUUGAGAUGGUUGGACAUCGGCGGAGACGAGAAGUUCAUGAGGAAGAUAGCCGAAGAAGCGGACCGAGUUAUCGAUGGAUGGCUGCAGGAGCACAAGCAGAAGAGAGUGGAAGAUGAAGCAAAUAGCGUGAAAGAUUUCAUGGGAGUAAUGCUAUCUCUUCUUCGUGACGCAGAGGAGCACGAUGCCGAUACCAUCAACAAAGCUACCAGUCUGGUUCUUAUCUUAGGAGGAGAAGAUACAACAUCCGUUACAAUGACAUGGGCAUUAUCUCUAUUACUCAACAAUCCUGAUGCCUUGAACAAAAUCCAACAAGAACUAGACAUCCAUGUCGGUAGGGACAAGUUGUUCGUGACAGAAUCAGACACCAAAAACUUAGUGUUCCUUCAAUCCAUCAUUAAGGAAACGCUGCGCCUAUACCCUGCUGUCCCACUCUCCGUAAUCCACGAAGCCAUCGAAGAGUGUACGGUUAACGGAUACCAUAUUCCAGCCGGGACUUGGCUUAUUCUCAAUCUGCAGAAGAUUCAACGUGAUCCACGUGUAUGGGAAAACCCUACUGAAUUUCGACCGGAAAGGUUCAUGAGUGCCAAUGAAGGUGUUGAUGUGAGGGGACAAAAUUUCCAUCUGAUUCCGUUUGGGAGUGGUAGAAGAAUGUGUCCUGGAGUUUCGUUUGCGCUUCAGAUUUUGCAGCUUACGCUGGCUAAUUUGCUGCACUGGUUCGAGUUUGAGAGCCCAUCGGGUGAAGCGAUCGAUAUGCCGGAAGCGGCGGGAUUAACCAGUUCUAAAGCAACGCCACUGGAAGUUCAUACAACUCCUCGUCUUCCUCCUGCUGUUUACGACUCCACCAGCUAGAUAUUGGUGUUAAUUAAAUUUAGCCUGUAAUAAUCAAAACUAGUGUCUAAGCAAAUGAAGGUUGUUUCAACCUCGAUUUCCCGCUAUGCGUAACCAUUAUUAUUUCUAGGGUGUAUCUUGAGGAAUGUGAUUCAAGCAAAAAGAUUGCAUCCAAAUGAUUGAGAUGAAGAGGAGCGGUAGUUUAAGUUCAACCUCCUAUGCUGAAAAAGGAGAUGUCACCUAUAUUUCAUAUCUCUUCUAGUCCCUUUCUUCGUCUGUUAAUAUUC